AUGGAGUUGCAUAAUUCAACGUUGGACACGAUCUACCCGCGCGAGGCGACCAUCAUGGCGGCUGCGUGUGCUUGUAUAUUUAGUAUAGUUGGUGUUAUAGGUAACUUAAUAACAACGGUAGCGCUGUUGAUGCAUCCUAAGCUACGAGGGCACGUCACAACAAUGUUCGUGCUAUCACUCUGCGUGUCUGAUCUUCUCUUCUGCAGCAUAAACCUACCUCUCACUGCUAGCAGAUAUAUUCAACAACAAUGGGUGCUGGGGCCGCAACUGUGUCAGAUGUUCGCCUUCGUGUUUUAUGGUAACGAGGCCGUGUCAUUACUCUCCAUGGUCGCGAUCACCAUCAAUAGAUAUACAUUGAUAGCGUACUACGACAUGUACUCGCAGAUCUACACAACCACCAAGAUCUGGAUCCAGCUGCUUCUGGUCUGGCUUGUGUCCUUCGGUUUGAUGGUACCACCGCUUCUAGGCAUCUGGGGUCAGCUAGGGUUGGAUACAAACACGUUUUCCUGUACCAUCCUCCCCAAAGAGGGUAAAAGUCCAAAGAAGUAUCUCUUCGUAUUCGGCUUCGCGCUGCCGUGCGUCGUCAUCAUCGUCUCUUACUCUUGCAUUUACUGGAGAGUGAGAGAGAGUAAGCGGAAACUGGAGGGACGCAGCAAGCUGAGCGGUCAAACAGCAAAAGAAAAAGAAGAAGACUCGCGUCUUACAACACUAAUGCUAACAAUAUUCCUCUGUUUCCUCGCUUGCUUCCUACCCCUCAUGAUCAUGAACGUAGCCGACGACGGUAUAACCUACCCCUGGCUACACAUCAUAGCAUCAAUCUUAGCUUGGGCCUCUAGCGUCAUAAACCCGCUAAUAUAUGCAGCGACCAAUAGACAAUAUAGAGCAGCGUACGGCAAUCUUUUAAAAAUAUGUAAAAAUAACCCCGUAGCAAGGCGAACGACUUGGGGUAGUAGGACUGUCGGUCAUUCCUCAAACUCUCCCCAUUAUGUCGAUAAACGUAAUUUGAAAGAGAAUCCGACUAAGUUAUAAGUUUAACACGCACUGGCUGCGUUGGGACCAUUUGAGAUUUUGAUAAAAAGUUCUCGAAUAAUUGUAUACCAUAGACAAGUUGUCAUGUCAAAAUUAAAAAGAUGUCUCGUUUGUGUUAGCUUUGGUUAACGAAUGUGAGAUUUCGCAUUAUAUUUGAUACUUUAAAUGGAAAGAAACUCGUCGAAUGAAAUUCAUAUCACGAAGCGUUAACUAUUUUUUACUUGUGUGUCACAAAAAUGUGUCUAAACAAACUUUUCAAUUUUGAGUAUAACACAUAAUCGAAAAUCGAAAAUACCUUGUGGCGAAUACAUACAUACAUAAUUAGGGCAAAUUUCACGGGAUACAGAUAAAAUCUCAGAUAAUUAUCUGACAUAAAAAUUGUAUCCAACAGAUACUCUAUUUUAUCGAAAGAUAUUCAGAACCUAUAAAAUCAAAUUUUGCAGUUUAUUAAUUGAGAUGUGAAAAGCCCUAGCAAAAUAUAUAUCGAUAGCCUAUCAGUAGUUUAUGUGCAAGAUAAACUGUCAAAAACCAGUGAAAUUAGCCCUAAAUAUCGUCCUAAUAUUCGAUAUAUAUUAAACAAGAUAUCGAAUGUAUAACGCAAAAAUUUUCAAAAGACUCUGAUAACUGUAAAUAUAUGUUAAUAUUGUAAAUAUAAAAUCAUAUAACAUACCGACAUGACCAAAGUAAUUUAUUUAGAUGUUAAGAUUUGAAGAAAAUUGUUUAGUUCUCAAAUCAUAUAAAAAUAUUGUUAAACCACUAGUAUAGUUUUAAAUACAACUCUUUA